AUGAAAAGGCAACGAAGCAAAGGAAAAGAAGGAAACAAACCAAAAUUUAUAAAGCAUAUGCAAAGAUCAGUUACUAGAAGAAAUCAUAUGAUUAUCAACCUAAUUUUACCCAUUGCUAGUCAUCUAAGGUCCCUCAUCAACCCAAUGAAUGCAUAUUUUAUCGAUUCCAAGCAAAACAUUGCAUCGAGUACAGAUUCCAACUCGGCUAAACCUGCUCAUCCACACUGUAGACCUUCACCUACACCAUUGAAUGAAGGCCGAGGAUCAACGAUUGGAUUGGGCGAUAGUGGGUAA